AUGCCGUCGACAGCCGCCGUCCACGCACCCGUCUCUCACCACCUCGGCUCCACCCUAUCAAAGCAGCACGUGCCGCUAAGGAGCGUCGGAAUCGCCGCUGGUUCUGCUAGAAACAUGCAGGCGGUAUUCGAGGAUGAGGAUAAUUGGCUCCUGUCGUACCUCGCUUCCACGUCGGUGGGCAAAGACCCGCGCCUGAACGCGGCCACCGUUAAGGCGGCUUCCCCCCCCGCCGCCGCCACCGCCGCCGCCACCGCCGCCCCCGCCUCCGCCAGCUCCGCUCCCGUAUCUGCGGGAGCUGACGUUUCGUCUUCUCCGCUCGCUCCGCCCGUCGACGCCGCCGCGGAGUCGUCCCGCCGAACCUCUCCCCCCCGCGCAGCUACCGCAGUUACUACCAGUAACGGCGGCGCAGCGCACAAGCUACCAGACACUUCCGCCGAUAAUUCGUCAAUUUCAGGCGAAGCUAGUGCCACAAGCGGCGCAACUGCCGCUGCGGUGGACCCGCCAGUGACGUCCCUCGCCGCGCAACAGCAGCAGUCGAUUCCACCAACCGUGAAACUCCCCAAAUCCCAAAGCGCUGCCCCGCGAUUCCGUUCGCUCGCACCCGCCGCCGACGAGGGGACCAGUUUUGUCGACCCUGAUGUCGCAGCAGCAGCAGCUGCCUCCGCAGCGGCGGUUUCCGCCAUCACCGCCGCAGUCAGCGGCGCGUCAAUGAAGUCUCCGCCGGAGAGCUUCAACGAUUGGGUGGCGGGAGCAGGGCGCAAGUAUCGCCGCCACUCGACUGCGGCCUCCCCCUCUGCUGCGCCUGGCGCGGGUUUCGGCGCAGGCGCAGGAGCAGGUGCGGGUGGCGCGUCCGCGUUACAAGGUGACAUGCUGGGGCAGGGCGUAGCUAUGGCUGCCGACGCAGCGGCAGCCACGGGGGCCGCGGGGAGGCGGAGGCGGUCGAGUGUCGGGCGCGUGUCGAUGAGCGGACGGCGACAGUCCAUGGAUUAUUCCGAGCUCGAUGCCAUCAGGGAAAGACUCCUCCAUGCGGCUCAUCUGUGGGCCGUAGCCGCGCCUGACGAGACUGAGGAGGAUGAAGAGGAGGACGAGGAUGCAGAGGAAAAUGUCAAGGUUGACCCCCCAAUGGCUCGUUCAGGCCUUUCCGCAGCCACUGUCGACAAGCUAUCUGCCUCCUUGAAAGCAGGAGAAGCACUGAAGAAUGAGACAGAUAAGGCACGCGGAGAGAAGCGGGGAGGGGAGGCUGCGGCUGGAGGUGCUGAGGGAGGGGGGGGAUCUCCUGAAAGUGCUGCCAGUGGCGCGCUUAUGACGCGCCGAAGGGCAGGGAGUGUUGAAGGGAUAGGAGGCAGUUUCGAGGAUGGUAUGGGCGGAAAUGGGAGUGGCAGUGGAGGGGGGGGGUCUGGCAAGUUGUUGUCCAGUCAGGCUGCUAUGAUGGAGGCAAACAGGGAUCCGACCAAGUCCCCUUCGUCGUUCAUAAAGAAAUGGAUGAAGGGACCCAGUGGGUUGGGGAAGUGA